AUGACAGAUACCUCCUCCCUCGCCAUCACGCACGCCACCACGGAUCCGUAUCCGGUCCCCGUCCCUGCUUCUCUUGGAUCCCCCAUCGCCAACGGGGCAAUCUCAGACUCGGUCGCGCCCGACGAGGAAGAGCCGUACACCAUCAAAUGCAUCUGCGCCUUUGAUGAUGAUGAUGGUAACACGGUUUUCUGCGAAGGGUGUGAGACGUGGCAGCACAUCAUCUGCUAUUACCCGGACAAGCGGGUGCCGGAAGUGCACAACUGCGUCGACUGCGAGCCUCGCACGUUGGAUGCCCGGCGCGCUGCUGAGCGUCAGCGCCAACGGCGGAUCCGAGAGCAGAGUGACGACGGUGACCGGAAGAAGCGAUCGGGUACCAAAUCCCAAAGGAAAAAGGUCCGCGAUGGCGACGUGAAUGGAUUUGGACAUCAGCGCAGCGAGUCCGGGGCUCGCGAUCAACCCCCAGCUAAGAAGACCAAAACUGGUCACCGAUCCUCUGCAUCCAUCAGUGCCCUUGUGGGUACACCGACCCUUCCCGCCGAGAGCCGAAAACGCCGUUCCUCCACCUCUGUCGCCCCCAGUCCUACCAAACCUCCCGCUCCUUUCAUCCCCCUGUACUCUAACGAAUUCCUCCGUCUAUAUGAUCGUGAUGAUAAACGUGUCGACAUGGAGAGCAACCUUUUCGACACCGUCAACCUCCUGAGUGAUACUGCAUCCUGGGUUAAGGAUCCGGAGGCCCUGUCAAGAGUGACCCAUGGUGGUGCCGAGAAUACUUUCAAUCGGUCCGAUGCCGCUCUCGACAAAUCUCGCUGGCCCGCUCUGACAACCGAUACCAUCACGGAUUCAUCGGUUGACAUUGGCGGGAAACAUCCCACCUGGAAAUUCGUCAAGACUCUAGAUCCGGUGCAAAAAGACCACGUCGUUGGGGAAAUCAUAGGCAAAGUCGGCAAUUUCCAUGACUAUUGUCGGGAUCCUAAUAACCGCUGGCCCGAGCUCCACCACCCCGAGCCCUUCGUUUUCUUCAGCUCUCACCUUCCUCUCUACAUCGACAGCCGCCAUGAAGGCAGUAUCCUUCGUUACACCCGCCGGUCAUGCCGUCCUAAUGUGACCAUGAAGAUCUUCAUCACCAAUGAUGUGGAGUAUCACUUUUGCUUUGUUGCAAAGGAGGAUAUUCCUGCGAAUUCCGAAAUUACGAUCAUGUGGUAUCUGGAUUCACAUUUCUUCGAAUCGACAAACAGCCUGGUCAAGCAAGAGGACAGUGCGACAGAAGCCCCUGCUAUCUGCAUCAGCAAUACCCUCGCCAAUUUUGGGGGUUGUGCAUGCGACCAGCCUAAUUGCCUUCUUGCGAGCUUGGACCGCCGACGGAACCCGAAGUUGCUCGAGUCAUCCAAGCAGACUAAUGGCAAGCGCAAGAAGGUGAAAACAAAGUCCGUCGCCUCCCCCCACGAUACGGGCCGUGCAUCCACUAGUCGGGCAGGGAGUGAGACUACAAAACACCCGGAAGAGGAUGAUGGAGCUAUGGAGAGCCGAUCUACCUCUGGCUCGGUGCGUGGUCAACCUCGAAGUCGCGACCUCAGCCCCGCCACGACUGGACCAGCGGAACUUUCCACCCGAGAGAAGCGAAAGAUUGCAGACGCAGAAAAGCAAUUCCAGCAGUUGGAACAACAGGACCAUCGGCCAACCACUCAACGCAAAAAGAAGCGAGUGAGUGGUUCGUUGACACAAACAUCUGCAGGGGUCUCAACUGCCACUCAGGCGGGGUCAUUUGGGGCUCACCGAAAUUCAACCAAAUCACUACACCUUGAUACUGCCGGUCGCUCUCGCUCACCCACCACCGCCAUGUCGCCAGGAUUAUCUGCUACAGGUCGUCACGGAUCCCCCCGCAAGACCUCGGGGUCCAAUACACCCUAUGCUCAUUCUCCUCUCAGCCGUCCUACCUAUGUCGAUAUGGGUAUUCAAUGUGAUAUGGAUGAAGUAGAGUAUCAAGCUGCACGCGACGCGUCUCCUCACCCUCGCACUACUUUUGUCCCAAGAACUGUCCGGAUCCUCCAACGUUUCAAAGCAGAUCGCCUUCGAGCUCAGGAACUUGCACGACAACAGUUAUCCUCGGCUGGUUCGGAUUCCGUCGUCUCUGCUGGGUCCUCCUCACCAGCUCUCAUUCAGUCUCCAAUUACGAAGCAGGAAAAGUCCGAUGUCGUCAUGUCUGAUUCAGUUCCUUCUGAGCCACCUCAUCAAGGAGAUUUAGAAAUGCAGGAUGCGUCGCAUGCCCUUUCGUCCGACAUUGUUCAAACAGAUGCAAGCAAGCCCGUGAUUCCACCACCAUGGCCAUCCACCGCUGCACACAAUACGCGACUUCCUGGGGUCGCUACUACUCCAGAACGCGUCAAUUUACGCGUCUCCAUGCCACCGCCUAGCAUCCCCAAUGUCUCCUCUGCUGUUAGCCCCAGCUCUAUGUCUGCUGCGAGCCUCGCCUCUCCUAAUGCCCUCGACACAUCUCCGCACGCUAUUCUUCCCCCACCUAGCACAGUUGCACCGACUCCCACCCCAGCUAAGAAGAAACUCAGUCUUGGUGACUACCUAAUCCGACGAGGUACAAUGGCAACGCCAACUUCCGAGAAGACCCAAUCUCCGGCUCAGGCCAAUGCCGUACCUUCCACGCAGAAAUCACCUUUGACUCCGGGCCCAGGGCCUAUUGCCAGUGCGGAUGAGGCCCAGACUCCAACUAAACCAUCUCCAGAUGCCAAGUCAGAGCCUCUUGGGUCCCCCGACGUAUCGAUGAAAGACGCACCAGAGUCAGCCCAGCCACGCAUCCCUUCCAUUUCUUCGUGA